GAGUCGCGGACCGCAGCACACACGGGUUAUAGUUUGUCCAACCCAAGUAUCGGGAUUUUGCAUUCUCACUGGGAACGGCGAGAGAGAGAGAGAGAGAGAGAGGGGCGGGGGUUAGGGAUGAUGGCUUCAGGUUGGGGCGUGCCUCAGCCCCAUCGGUUUCCAAUAUCCAAAGUGGGUCCCACGCCGUCCCAUCUCAUCACCACCGCCGCUGCUUUGCGCUUGGGCCACCUCGUCCGCCGUAGUAUAACUGAUUACCACCACCACCACCACCUCCAAUUAUCGCGCCUCCUUUGUUCCUCCUUCGAGAAAAUUUGGCAUCUAUAUGAUGUGCCUGAAUUGAAGGACAUAUGGCAUAAAAGAGCUCUCCAAUUCAAAGGAAUCAAUUUUCCAUUGUCAAAUGAUUCUUUUUCAUCAGCAUGCUCAUUGUUUCUAUGUUUCUUCAAUGGGGAAGAAACUACAGAGAGCUCCAGAGACGAGGCGCCAUCCUUUAAGACAACCAGUAAAAAUUUAUUUGAUGGGAGGCGAUGGACCAAUAUACUCCUAGCCAUUAAUGUGUUGGUUUAUAUAGCACAAAUUGCAACACAAGGGAAGCUGUUGCUAUGGGGUGCUAAGGUUAAUAGUCUUAUUGACAAGGGUCAGUUGUGGAGGCUGGCCACUUCUUCCUUUUUGCAUGCAAAUAUUGGGCAUCUCAUGGUUAAUUGUUAUUCUUUGAAUUCUGUUGGUCCCACCAUGGAGAAUAUCAGUGGUCCGUGGAGAUAUUUAGCAGUUUAUUUCACCUCUGCAAUCACAAGUUCAGCAAUGAGUUACUGGUUCUGCAAUGCACCUGCAGUUGGUGCAUCAGGAGCAAUUUUUGGAUUAGUUGGCUCUGUGGCUGUGUUUGUUGUGAGGCAUAGGAGAAUGGUUGGUGGUGGCAAAGAAGACUUGCAGCAUAUAGCACGUAUAAUUUUCCUAAAUAUGGUUAUCGGGCUUCUCUCCAAGGGCAUUGAUAAUUGGGGACAUUUAGGGGGCUUGCUUGGAGGGGCUGCCACAUCGUGGUUCCUUGGUCCUGCAUGGAGGUAUGAGCCGCUGUCAAGUGAUGGGCAAAGGGUUGUAGCUGACAGAGCUCCAAUUUUCUGUCUCAACAACCCAAAGAAAAAACUUCCUGGGGGUUUCAACUGAAAAAUCGGUUUUGAGAUGUUGCUCUUCCUGGCUCUCCCUCCGCCGCUUUUUCUUCCUUCCCCAAUUAAAUACAUCAAUGUCAUUGAGUUGCUUGUCCAAAACUGAUUGUAAACUUUCUAGGGUCAUGUCAACUGAAAUAGGCUUUUCUCGUGUAAAAAAUAUAUCUAGAUGGAUUUUAUUGUUGAAUAGCUUGAGUUUUAUAGGAAAUGUGCAUACUUUCCUUUUUGCAAAAUUGAGUUUCUGUUGGAUGAUUGAUGAAGGGUUUCACUUAUUGUCAUAGAAAUUCCUGUUAAAUUCAAAUAAGAUUCGAUUCUAAGUUUCCAUAUACA